AUGUUCAGCUCCAUCUCGAGGAUUUUCACAGGACACACACCAUCUAAGAACUCGUCUCCUGGACCCGCGAGACCCGACUACGAAGACAACAUCGACAGAACCUUUCCCUCCACCGCGCCCGCCGAGUACCCCGAUGGUAUCGACGACCGCCAGUUAGCAGCAAUGUCUUCGCAGGAAUGGGGCCAAGACUCCGUCUUGGAUCUGCCCACCGCCUCGGACAAUGACGAAGCUCCGGACGAGAUCCACGAUGGCAUCACCGACUACGUCGACCCCUUCUCUUCCAUGCAGCCAUUCUCCACACAGGCAGUACCCGACGAGGACAUCGCUGUGCCUACCUAUGCAUCGAGCGAAGACGAUGCCGCGAGGAAGAAGAAGUUCAAGAAGGGAAAGAAGACCGACGAGAAGAAAACUCGCACCAAAAAGGGGAAGAACAAGAGGAAGUCGUCCGACUUGGAACAAUCCGAACUAGCCCUUCCAACUCCCACCACCACCAGCGGCCCCACGAGCCACUCUGCCGCCGAGGAAGCGAUUGUGAGCGACGGCGAAAUCAACGAGGAAGAAAGUGCAUCGGCCAACCAGCACAAGAAGAAGCGCAAGCGGAAAUCGAGAAACUCAAUGGACUCGAGUGAACCUCAAGACUCAACCCGCAAGAAGAAGAAAAAGAGGCGCUCUGCCUUGGAGGACAUUGAAGACGUCGACAUGGAAACACAGCCCGAGGAGAGUGUGCCCGAGUCGCCUGCGAACCCCGCCGCAAACGACACGGAAGGUCGAAGUCCCGCCUACGAGCGCGACCCUGUUCUAGACUCAACCUUGAAGUCCGAGCCCCAACGAUCGCAACUCCUGGGAGUUUCGAGACAACUGUUCAGCAAACCCUCUGGUACCCCUGCUGUCGAUGCUAGCGACGACGAAAACCCCGUCUCCAUGUCGUCCCCCAGCGUCGCUGCCCAGAGACGGCGAAGCAUGUCACGGGGAUCCCAGAUUUCUGUCCUGAGGCAGAGUCUUGCCCGAGAAGCUGCGUCUCAGCCCGGAAACAUCUCAGAGGCGGUUGAGUCGGCAGACGGGGCCUCGCAUGAACAUGGAGAGAGUGCAAUGGAUUCGGACGGUGGAUCCCUUGCCGACAAUCUACCCCCAUCUUCUCAGCCGCCCAGAGAAGACACGCCAAGCUCGAAUGGCGCUGACGCUGAGGUCACCGAAGAGCCUCAGCUGCCUAUCAGAACAUUCCGUGAUACUUGGAACAACCUGGCCAGUAAGGAUACCGGUCGUGACAAACCGACUGCCACACCGGGAACUUCUCGUCGUCGGAACGUCGAUGCCGGUGCACAUAUCUCCGAGACCGGGAACUUGCCUAGUUCGGCUCAAAAGUCCACUCGUUCUACAGCGUCUAAGCGACAGCGCUCAAAGCCAGACUUCUUUGAGAAUGAGCCUCUGGGAAAGGAUGCUGGAGGGAGCCAGGAGGCCACAGGGAACCAGGACGUCGUUGAAACGCAGAACCCCGAGGAAAAUCUUGCUGCUUUGUCGGAGCUCCCUUCUACUGAGGUGGCAGAGCCUCCCAAGAAGCAGAAGAGGACGCGAAAGUCGGCGGCGUCUCGCGCAUCGACCGCAGCCGACACCACUACGCCCAAGACGAAGGCUACCAAAAAGACGGCAACCCAGAAGGCAACUCCUCGCCAAGGUACGGGUCAGGGUCAGUUCCGCACGGGCCAGUUCACCAUCGACGAGAUGCGAAACCUCACGCAGGCCGUCGAAAAGUACCGCGACGAGCACAACUUGUCGCAAAAGGAGGUGAACGAUCUCAUUCAAAUGAGGAACCGCAAGAAGGUUGGAAGGUCAGACGGGAGUAAGGAUGCCCAGUUUGACGGCCAACAGUUUCUGGACAUGUGGGCUGUCAUCUGUGCUGCUGUUCCGACCAGACGUCGUCAGAAGGUCAUCGACGUCGCUCGUCAAGAAUUCCACAACUUCAAGGCCAGAGGAGGAGGAUGGACGCCUAAAGAAGAUGCCAAACUGGAGGAGCUUCACACCAAGCACAAGGGCUCAUGGGUCAAGAUUGCGGACGAAAUGAGCCGCCAUCCCAACGAUGUCCGAGACCGCUAUCGCAACUACGUUAUAUGCGGCGGUAUCGAAACUCGUAUGAAAUGGACCGAAGAAGAGGAGCGGGAGUUGGUCGAGCAUGUCGUUGCCUCACUGAGACGGAUUGACAAGUUACCUGGGAACAGUCACAAGAAGCCUCUCUCUCUGAUCAACUGGCAGACUAUUAGCGAGUUGAUGGGCCACAGGCGCAGCCGUCUUCAGUGCGCCAAGAAGUUCAAGACGCUCAACGUGGAGGUGGGACCUAGGGAGGUUUUGCAGUCUUCGCAGCCGGCGUCAACAGUCACCUGGACACUGGAGAAGGCUCGCAAGCAGAUUCAAGAAAUGCCACCCGAAGACAAGUACGAGCUGGUUCGCUCCAUUCUGGCCGGGGCCGCAGGCCGCGACAAGGACAUCAGGUGGUCGAAGCUUGUCGACUUGCAGUUUCGCCGGAAAUGGCACAAGCCAACUCUCAAGUUAUUGUGGUAUCGUCUGAAGCAGCAGGUUCCAGACCACAAGGGAAAGUCGGUUAGAGACUGCGCCCGCUGGUUGCUGGAGGAUGCCGAGGCGAAUGCCCCACGAGACGGCCGGUUCCUCGACGGCGGACACUCCAACGGCGAUUCGGAAGACGAGUUGCUUGUAGUCGACCCUCCGAAGAAGACUCCCGGUCAACGGGGCACCAAACGCAAGAACCGCAGCGAGGAAAAGGUGGUUGAUUCUGGUGGCUCGGACGACGAUGACGACGAGACCCGGCUGACGAGCUUCGAUUCACCUUCUGCACAACAACAGCCUUCUUCGGCGGUCUCGCAGCGGUCCACCCCACUCCUGGCGUACUCCCUGGAGGGCUCGCCCCGUGCGUCUCCAUCCUUGCGACCCGCGGCAGCCCAACACAAGUCCAGGCUGGCACCGAUCGAGAUUGAGACGGAAGCCGUCAAGCCUAGCCCAGCUAAGAAGCGGGUCAGGCUCUCUGGCGGCAAGUCAGCGCGGCAGCGGUCUUUGGAGGAAGACGGCGGCUCACCAGAGCCCAUGGCCUCCCAGUACGCCGCUGAGGACAUACCCGAUCGUCUGAAGGAGAAGAAGGAGGCAACGCGGCGACGUAUCUCCUCGGGCAGCCGACUUCGAUCCACAGCAUCACUUCAGCCCGAGUCUGUGCAAAAUAGUGAUGUGGAUGAAGACAUGCCACCAAUUCACGUGCCGCCGUCGACGCAGCCGCUGAGCCGCAAGCGCAACAUGUUCAAGCUCUCGCAGGGCAAUUGGGCCAGGAAGACAGGAGCAAGUGUGCUGCCGGGGGAAUCUGUAGAGUCAACAGAGAAGUCCCUAUCGGAAAUGGAAGCAACUAGUGGACAGACUUCUCAGGUAGAGAAUGACACGCCGGCAGACACGGCGGCAUCUACCCCGGCUGCGAAACCACGCGAUGCGAAGCGCCGGCGCAAGAAUGCGGAAGUCGCAGAGUCUCCAGCUUAG